UUGGUAGGCAUAGCGAUAGGCUAAAGACUUGGGUGCAAAGAGUGGAGCCGAGCCGCGCCCGAGCGCGCGAAUGAACGAUUCAAUGUUCACCAUAACCGUUCCGAGAAACCUCACUCAUCUGAUCUUUCUCUAGUCUCUCUUGUGGACCUGUGGUGCGUGUGCCUCUCUCUCUCUCAAUACAUAGCCACUAGCCAAUCUGAUUAUACGAAACCGAAUAAUCCUAUAUCUCUUUCUCUCUACCUAGUUCGCUUGCCUGCUGUUAUUUGUGCUUUAAUAUUCUGAGCCUUCCCGGCGGCUGAUUGACUAGGGCUCUCGAGACCACGGGCAUUCUGUCUUUCAUGGUUAGCAUAUGGAUUAAUGCCGAUCAGUAUCUUGGUAUAAUCUUCUGCUGAAGACUUGUUUACAUCUUCAACCAAUGGCUGCUGAUCACCGAAGAAAAAGGCUUAAUGGUGCCAGCACUGCUGGUUGCAGUUCUUGGGAGAAAUACAAAACCAAAAAGAAAAAAUUGGAAUCACCAAAAAAUGAGUUAAAUAUAAAAUCUCAUAUUUCUUUGGAGUGGGAUGGAAAACGGAAAGAGGUUGUUGCCAAAAGGGAACAAAUUGGCCUAAGUAAGACAGAUUUGAGGGCAUUUAUUGAUUCUGCUCCUCAGCAUCACAAAAUCUUAGCAGAUGUCACCUUUAUUCCUCAAGAAAUUUUUGUGGUUGAAAAUUUGAAUGAGUUUCUUUCAUACGAGGUAUGGCAGACCCAUUUAUCAGAAAAGGAGAGAGAAUACCUUAUGCAGUUUCUACCGAAAGGGUCUGAUGCAGAAGAUGUUGUGCAAGCAUUGCUUGCUGGGGACAACUUUCAUUUUGGAAAUCCUUUUCUUAAAUGGGGUGCUUCACUUUGUUCAGGAAAUCUUCACCCUGAUGCUGUUAUUCAUCAGGAGAAGUGCCUAAGGGCUGAUAAGAAAGCAUACUACUCUGAGAUACAGAAGUACCACAAUGACAUGAUAAAAUAUUUGCAGAAGCUGAAGGAGACUUGGGAAAGCAGUAAGGAUCCUGAAAAUAGGUCAAACAGGGAUCCAGACAGACAAAUUUCAUCAAAUGCAAAUGAAUCAAGAUUUCAUGACCUGGAGCAUGAUGCUGUGGCUACAUCUGAAUCUUGCUCGUUGGUUGCAGAGGAGAAAGCAUGUAGCAGUGACAAUCAAAACUCUUCAAUAAUGAAGGGUGAGGAACUUGAAAGAAGGAUUCAUGAAAGAAGCCUCAUAAGGGAUAAAAGUAAAAAGCCAUUGGUUGCUUCAGAUGAUGCUAAGUCCAGAAAAGGAGAGCGGCUACACAAGCAUAAUAUCUACCACACAGAUGGUGUCAAGUAUAUGUCAUAUUUAAAGAUAAGCAAGAAGCAGCAUCAACUUGUUAAGAGUAUGAAGCAAUCUGGUAAAAGCAUUCAGUCUAAGUCUCUUAACCGCGUGUUAGGUAACCUUGAUAUGCUGCAUGUGCAACCAUAUGAAGAAUUUGUGAAGGAGGAACAGAUGAAGUUGCAUGAGCAUUGGUUAAAACUAGCAAAUAAGGAUCUUCCUACAGCAUAUGAAAAUUGGAGACAGAGACAGUCACAGCGAUAUGAAAUGGCCAAAUCUUUGGGGCAAGACAUUAAAGGAAAACUGGAAUAUUCAAUGGAGGAGCAGGAGAGAGUGAACCAUGAGAUUUUUCAUCAGGAUCGAAAUGAUAAAGAAGCAAAAAGACAUGAAUCCAGAUUGGAGGAUGAGGAGGAAUUGAACCACAAGACUGUUUUUGAGGAUGAUAGUGAUCAAGAAGCAAGAGAAGAUGAAUCUGAUUUGGAGGAUGAGGAGGAACUAAAUGAUGAAGCUGUUCUCAACUGUCAGGAUGAUGAAGGGGCAAGAGAACAUGAAGCAGUUGUGGAGAAUGACGAGGAGAGCCCUGACAGAGUUCCGCUUGAGGAUCAGAAUGGAAUAAGAAACCAAGAGUCUUAUGUGGAAGAUAAUGAACAUUCCUGUUCCGACUCUCCACAGUAUCAGUCCCCACAGCAGAUUUGUUCCCUCAACAGUGGCCAUAAUCUGAGCCCUGUAGAUAUAGAUUCAGACCGUAAUCAUGCUGCAUUCAAAUCAGACGAUGCUUCUCCAUAUGCAUCCGAGUACUCCGGUAAUGCAAACACUGCGGAUGCUUCCAUUAGCCAAGGGGUUCCAAUCUCUUCCAGUGGAGAUGGUUGGCCAUCAGUUAGCAUGUCACGCUCCUUUUAUGAUUCAACUGUAAAUCAUGGAUACACAUCCGCUAGCGAGUUGUUGCUCCCACAUUCAGUUAAUGAAGCCCAAAGGCCCCAGUUGAUUGAUUUGAAAUCUGAUUUGCAUGAAGAUGACACCAGUAAAGAUUUGUUGCAUAGACGAUCUGAUGGUUCCUUCAGUUCUUACCCAAACCAUGAUCCAAGUGGCUUACUUCAAUCUCUGUUCAAGGGACAGGAAAUGUUACCCUACCAUCGUGAACAAAAACAAAUGGGACUAGAUUUCCAAUCACCGAACAAUGUUUUGAUUGAAGAUGUUCAUCUUGCUGGGCAUAUCCAAAGGAAGCUUCAUUCCUCACUCCCAUUGGAGCAGGGGCUAAAGAGACGGGGUGACAGUUACAUGCCACAAUCUAUGUCAGAGGAAAUGUACUCCGAGGGAAGUGCAUUCUUAAUUCCAAGACAAGGACAUGUACCACCAGUCACUCUACAAGACUGGCAUGUUAAUCCUGUUCGCACGGCAGCGCGGCUGCAAUCUAACUUGAAUAAUAACGAUUUAUUGUUAACUCAGAACUGGUAUUCUGGGGAGCAUCAAGUUCGUGGUGGCUGGAAUAGCAGAGAUGGUGCAAGUGUCGCCGGCCAGAGCAUUGGAAAUAAUGCAGAUCAGAGCUUAUUUAGCGUUCUAUCUCAGUGUAAUCAAUUGCAUUCGACUAACCAUUUUGAUUCAAUGGGGCCAACUGAGCAGUUCAUGUUGCCAAGGAACUAUGAGCUGACAAGUGGUAUUGCUCCUAGGAUCAGUAAUUCUUUACCGCAAACAGCCCAUCCGCUGGAUUACUUGAGUGGACGCGAAGCGCCUAAUUCCCUGAGGCCUGAUGAAAUGGGAUGGAUGACUUUGCCUCAGAGUUCAGGCGGAAACGAUAUGGUGGGGAAAACAUACCUGAGGUCAUGGCAUCAGUAAGAGACAUUUUCCGCCCUUUUUGGUGAGUUGAAAUUUAUAAUCUGUGUUGGAAGAUGUAUGGCAGCAAAUGUCAAAUACAACAUGCAUGUCACAAGAUUUGAUGACUUGUUACCCAUCAGAGAAGUAGACUUCGGAGAUAACAGCAGAUUGCAGCAGUUCGUCACAGAAAUAGGAUUUUGUACAUAGCUUAUACAAGAGCCAACUGAAAUCCCAUGUAUAUAUAAAUAUGCAGCAGAUGUUAGAUGGGCAGCGCAGGUGCAGGCAAAGAUGAGGGAAGGAUGAAAAAGAUUCUGAUAUCUAUAUUUGGCAUAUUACAUUUUUGUUUUCAGUGACAUUUUCUUUUCCAAUUUUCCCUUUAUUUACUGAAAAAUUAUCUUCUAAUAAUCUUUGGGGGCCAUAUGUAGCUGGAGCCUUGAGGUUCUCCCUUUCUCUCUGUCUCUCCAUUUCUUACCUUUUGAAUUUUAAUAAAGUGGGAAGAGAAAACACUUGAGAUUAAAAUCUUA